AUGUCGGAGGACGUUGAAACCAUUAAGCCAGCGGAAACUGAAAACACUUCUGAACAUGUUAAAGAAUCCGAUAAUCCUGCCGCCAUCGCAGAUUUCGAAAUGAGAUUCUUGAAUGAAAAAUGGUACGGGCGUUAUAAAACCACUGGUCAGUUCAUGCAUCAUGUAGAGGAGAGUUGGGUUGAGCUCCCUGAAGACGAUCUUGAAUUCAUCCAACAGCUAUGGUUCGAGCAAGAAGCUUCUGAAGUUAAGAUUAUUGAUGGAGUGCGAACAAAAUGGAACGCUACUACACAACAAUGGGAAAAGGAUGUAGAAGUUGACGAGAGCUUCAUCGCCCAAUAUCAAGCUGGAUAUGGAGUAGAAUAUGAUUAUGAGAAGAUGAAUGAAGAAAGAAGAGCACUAAAUCCUCCUAAACAAGAAAAGAAAGGAAAAAGAGCUGCUGCGGAACCGAGACCUGAAGGUUGGAUCGACAUGGAUGAUAAAGUAAAUGCUAUUUAUCUGAGCAAUCUACCCACUGAUAUAACAGACGAAGAAUUUCUGAACUUUGUCUCUAAAUGUGGUGUUGUGCAACCUGAUGCAAGGAACGGAAAGCCCAAGGCGAAGCUGUACAAGGAUGAAGAAGGAAAUUUAAAAGGCGAUGGCCGUUGUUGUUACAUCAAAAAAGAGUCAGUAGACUUAGCGCUUCAAAUUUUGGAUGGUUUCAUGUUGAAAAAUCGAGAGGUCAAGGUUGAGAAGGCUCAUUUUGAAAUUAAAGGAGAUUAUGAUCCAACAAAAAAAAGAAAGAAGAUGUCCGCUUCACAAAAAAAAAUAUACAUGGAUCGACAAAAACGGUUGUUUGAAUGGAAAGCGGAUAAACCGAGGAACUACAGACCAAAAUCAGACUGCACUGUUAUUUUCAAAAAUGUUUUCACUCUGGAGGAAAUGCUUGAAAAUGCUGCUCUUCUGUUCGACAUCAAGGAAAUGUUCAAUGAGCUCUGCUCAAAGUACGGAACACCCAAGAAAUUGGUGCUUUAUGAUAACAAUCCAGAGGGCGUGUUGUCGGUAGCAUUCGAAACGACCGAAAUAUCUGAUUUGGUUGUGAAAAUGCUCAAUGGUACUGUUAUUCGUGGAAAACAAAUACAAGCUUCACUUUGGGAUGGAAAGACCAAGUACAAAGUUGAAGAAACAGAAGAAGAUCGUGCGAAACGCAUGGAACACUGGGAUAAAAUAAUGCAAGGCGAAAAUACAGAACAACAAUCUUGA